AUGUCUACUUUCGAAGUAAAAGGGAAACCAGAACUUAAUGAAAAAGCAUCGUCAAAGGAAAGAAAUCAAGAUUUUGAGUUAACAACUGACCUCACUAAUUCUUCAAAUUCAAGCUUAGCUUCCACAAUCUUUUACCUAUCAAGAAUAAAAGUAUAUUAUAGUAGACCAACUGCCGCUUCAUUGAUAAGUCCAAGAGUGAACCACUUAUGCGAAGAAAAUAUGGCGGGAGGUUUGAAGUCAUUGGCAGUAAUUGGUUGUGGACCAAAGUUGCUUUCUCAUCAGAUAAAAGAAGAAUGUCAAAGAAACCGUUGGAAAAAAAAUGCUCCAGGUAUUUAUUGCUAUACUGAAAGAUUUUGA